GCAUGUAUUUGACGUAAAUGUGAACUUUCUGCACGUGAAAAAUAUACCGUACAUUAGUCAUGUCUGCUGUUAGCGUACAGCAGCUGGCAAAGACGUGAUGAUGCUAACAGGCUAGCGUUAGCCUGGUUGGCUCAGACCUACAGGGCAACGCUGCAGGGGUUGUGUAGUCCAACACAGCACACAAUGACCACAGAGCCUGCUGACGUGGAGAGCCUGCAUGUGCUGUACCAGAGCGAUGACUACAUUGUGGUGGACAAGCACUGGGACAUCCGCAUUGACAGCAAAAUGUUCUACGAGAAACAGACCGUGCAGGCUCAACUUCGACACCGCUUCCCUCAGUUGGCAGACCCUAGCACUUACUAUGGAUUUAGGUUCUGUCAUCAGUUGGAUUUCUCCACCAGUGGGGCUCUUUGUGUGGCUCUCAAUAAGGCAGCUGCCGGCCGGGCCUACCGUUGUUUCAAGGACCGCACUGUCACCAAACUUUACCUCGCCCUGAUCCGUGGCUGGGUGGAAAACCAGACACAAACUCUGGACUUCUCGAUCGGCAAGAACUCCUCAGAAGGAAAAACACAUAUGAUGUGUGUUAAAGGAACAGAAGGCUGUGAAAACCCUAAGUCUUGUCAAACUGAGCUGACGGUGUUGGAGUAUGGGCUUUAUGAUGGAGAUCUUGUCACCAAGGUGCUACUGCAGCCACACACAGGUCGAACUCAUCAGUUAAGGGUCCACUGCAGUGCAAUCGGCCAUACCAUUGUUGGAGACUUCACUUACAGCUCAGGAACGGACGACUCCCCGUACCGCAUGAUGCUGCAUGCCCACCUCCUCCACAUUCCCUUGGAUCCUCAGCCCUUGCUUGUCUCAGCUGGAGACCCCUUUCUCCCCACAGUGGAUCCCAAGUGGAUCCCGCAGCGCUCAUUACGAACUGUGACAGCCACUGUGGAGGCCCUGCUGGAGCGCAGGGUGGAGGAAGACAGGAAGAUUAAAGAGGAGGCAAAAGAGAGAAGCAGAAGAGUGGAGGAGGAAAGGAUGAAACUAAGGACUGAGGAGGAAAGCGACGAGCACAUGAGGCUGUGUCAAGAGUGGCUGAAUGAACGGGCUGGAGACUGAUGGAAUCAUUUUAUAUCUUAAUUUAUUUUAGCUGUUUACUUAUGGGCCACACGGCAGCUAGCAUUGUUGCCUCACAGCAAGAAGGUCACCGGUUUGAAUCCCAGUUUGACUGAGGGCCUUUCUGUCUUUCUUUGCGUGUUCUGCAGACUGCAAAUAUGUUUGCAUGCAGACAGUACAAUGCUGACACUUAGUGAAUUGUAGACUACAAUGCAAGUCAUUAGGUGUGAUGCAAUUUGGCAACGCUGUUAUUCCGUGCCGUGUCACACGAUAAUCAUUCGGUUUGUGUGUAGAGAAAAAUCCAAAGAAGAGGAAUCAGAUCCCACACAUUCAUUAUACCUCCACAUGCUGGCAUUGUGUUUAUGUUUUGACUACAUUGUAUUUGACUGUCGAACUAAUGUAUGUCUUUUCAAAACGGUGGUCAGAUAAUUUUACAUUAAAAGAUCUAAGUUCA